UAGCACUACCCUGCCCCUCAUGCAUACGAGGCAGGGAAGCAGGCGGUACACGCACUCAACGAAUAGAUCAUGAAACUGACGAAGAGAUCUGACAAGAAUCAGCCCAUUGACAGAUAACACUUGUAUUUUAAAAUGGAGAAAUAGCCUACAUAUUUCAGUCAUGUCAAUUGUAUCUUGUAUGGUCUAGCUAGCCUACUUUACUUAUAACGUACUUCCUCAAUCGGCUACGCUGUCUUUCGGAAUCGGCGUCGGCGCAGCAUCACCAUCAUGGUGGCUGGGGAACUCGUUCAGGAGCAUCUGCGCUGUGACAACGCACCUGACGAAAUUUACAUAGUUUGCAAGGCACCGGUGCUGAACGGAGGAGCCGCUGACUGUGAACAAUAUCCUGAAAUAUUGAAUGGAACCGCAAGUCUCUACGGACUAGACUCGAAAGCGCUCGAACAGGAGAUCCCCCCUGAUGAGAAAGGGGCGAUGCUUCCCGGCGAGGAGAAAUGCCUCGAAACAAAGCUCUACUCAAGGCGAUUCGCUGUCCUGGCCGUUUUCAGUCUUUACUCGCUCGUCAAUGCGUUCCAGUGGAUCCAGUACAGCAUCAUCUCAAACAUAUUCACCCACUUUUACGGCGUGACCAGCGACAAAAUCGACUUGUUAUCCAUCGUCUACAUGGUGACCUACGUCCCUCUUAUUUUCCCCGCUUCGUGGCUUCUGGAUAAGAAGGGGCUUAAACUCGCGGCUCUAAUCGGCGCAGGGCUGAACUGCAUCGGAGCGUGGAUGAAGUGCGCCAGCGUUCGCCCCGACCUAUUUGGUGUCACGAUGACGGCACAGAUCAUCUGCUCCGUGGCACAGGUGUUCAUCCUCGGGCUGCCUUCGAGGAUUGCCUCGGUGUGGUUCGGGCCGAAAGAGGUGUCCACGGCAUGCGCCACGGCAGUGCUCGGUAACCAGUUGGGGACGGCCAUUGGGUUUCUGCUCCCCCCCGUCCUGGUACCAAACACAGCGGACAACUUAGAGCUGAUGGCUCAAAACAUCAGCAUCAUGUUCUAUGGUACCGCAGCUGUCUCUACCCUGCUUUUCAUACUGACGGUCAUAGUGAUGAAGGACCACCCCCCCAUACCCCCCAGCCAUGCCCAGGCGGUGUUGCCCGACGGCCCCCCCGAGGACUACUCCUACAAACGCUCCAUAGUCAACUUGUUCAGGAACAAGGCGUUUAUCCUGCUCCUCGUCAGCUACGGCAUCAUGACGGGCUCCUUCUACUCUGUCUCCACCCUGCUCAAUCAGAUGAUCAUGUCCUGCUACGAGAACCAGGAACUCAAUGCGGGCAGAAUCGGACUGACCCUGGUAGCGGCUGGUAUCGUGGGCUCCAUCAUCUGUGGUCUAUGGCUGGACUACAGCAAGGCAUUCAAGAUGACCACUCUGCUAGUGUACGUGUUCUCCUUCAUGGGCAUGUUGGUUUUCACCUUCACUCUGGACCUCAACAACAUCUACAUAGUGUUUGUCAACGCCGGUGUGCUGGGGUUCUUCAUGACAGGCUACCUGCCUCUUGGGUUCGAGUUCGGGGUGGAGAUCACCUACCCCGAGUCUGAGGGCACCUCCUCCGGUCUGCUCAACGCCUUUGCACAGGUGUUUGGGAUUAUUUUCACUCUGAUCCAGGGGAGGCUCACCACAGAUUAUAAUCCCGUUUAUGGGAACCUCUUCUUGUGUGCGUGGAUGUUACUGGGAAUAUUUCUCACAGCCUUAAUCAAAUCCGAGCUGAAACGAAACAACGUCAACAUGGGGGUCGAAACCAAAGGCAUUACGGCAGUUCCUACUGAGUGCCCUUCCGACGAAACGACCCCGAAUGGCACCAUGAUGAAGCCCUCUGUAAGCUUCUCUCAUGAGACCUCACUGUAACCGCGACAACAGGAUGGAUAUGGGAUUCUACGCGUCAACGUUUUCCAGAGCGAACCGAAGGAACUUUUUUCAGUCGGGCACCUGUUUUCUAGUUCUUUCUAGAGCAAUAUGCCUCCCUCUCUCCCUGUCUCCUGCCUCUCACACCCUACAGAACCACUGCUCUAUGGUCUUACCCUUUAGUCACUACCACCGCAACCAUACUCCCCAGACUGUACUCACUAGCCUCUUAUUCCCUAGGCCAGGGGUUUUCAAACUUUAUAAUAUGCGUAACCCAUUCAAAAUAAUAUAGUCCACCACUUACCCCCAUCUGAUGUAGUCAUAAUAUAGUAUAUAUAUGUAUAGAUGGUACAAUACGGGAUGAAAACAACAAAACAAUGACCUAACUAUUUGAAACAUUUCAUGUAAUUGCGCUGCUCUUUUGCUGACCCCUAUGUGCUCCAUCCUUUGCGAAUGUACCUGUCUGUAGCCAACGAUGCAUAUUUGAACUCUUAAACUCUGAAAACUCUUCAGGUUUCACAUUAGGCAUACAGAGCAUAGCAGCUUGUAAACAAAUAGUUAGAUUAGUCUGCAAGGUAGAACUUCGGCUUUUAAUUGGUCAUGCAUUUGAAAUUAACCAAUAAUCGGGUAAUUGCAAAAAUAAGACUUCACGAUUGGAUGGUACAAACACACAGGAGGAGGGAUUAGACCUCCACUAAGUCUGCCUCCCCAGUUGUUACUUAACAUAUUUAAAUAUGGCUUUUGUUAAAAACAGGGCUAGUUUAAUAUAUAAAUUAGCCAUGUGUGCACUGAACAUUGGUAGUCAGCACGCAAUUGAAACAAUCAUCAACGCAUCUGAAGUUUUAGAAAAAAUAGAUAUGAAACAUUUAUUAGAUUGCCAAAUUAUAGUAAAUACAAUGCAUUGUGCGCCAUUACAGAUUUGUUCUUGUGUACCCCAGUUUGAAAACCGAUGCCCUAGGCCUAUUACUUAGCCCUGUAUUGCCCCAAUUCUUACUUUCCAGCACCUUACUCUCUAGCCUCUACUCCCUUGCCUCUACUCCCUAGACUCUAAUCUUUAAAUUAUACUCCCUACUCCAUAGACUCUACUCCCUAAACUCUAGUCCCUACGCUACUCCAUAUACUCUACCCCCUAAACUCUACUCCCUAGACUGUACUCCCUAAACUUUACUCCCUAGAGCCUAUUUCUCAGACUACUCCAUAUACACUUUUAUACUUACUGUAUAAUGUGCUGCUGGCUGUUUCUGCAAUCCAAGUCCUUUUCCAUUUUACUGUGGCUAUAUGUGUGUAAAUAAUGAUGAUACCUGCUGUACAUUACAGUCCUGCACAGUACAAUGUAUGGGGUUUGGGUUAGUGGUGUUACUACUAUACUUCUACUACUAUACUAUACCAUAUGAAAUGCUGUGUUCACAUGUUUUGCCAUUGUCCAGUACAAUUGAACAGUAUUCAUUAUUCUGCUGGCAGAGUGAGACCUCUGCCUCACCAAAUAGCUCUCAGUUCGCCAACUUAGGGUUAGAGCACACAAACAUGCACAAACAACAUUCAUGUUUUCUACUCAAUGCAUGCUGUUUGAAUGUGAAACUGUGGCAAGUGUGGUACACUGUGAGAAAAAGACUGCAUCUUUAAAUUAUUAAAGGGACAGUUCACCCCCAAAUCAGAAAUAUAUAUGUUUUUAUAUAUACUUACCUGUAGUGCUAUUUAUCGAUCUAGAUUGUUUGGGUGCGAGUUGCCGAGUUUUGGAAUUGGGGGUAUGGACCGUAGAGAUGCCUGCCUUCUCUUGACUAUAACGGAACUAGAUUGGGCUAGUCUUGGGGUGCUCAAAGUGCCCCAAAAAAUACAUAUAAUAACUAGUACUACAGGUAAGAGGGAAAAGCUGUAUUUUACAUUUUUGGGUGAACUGUCCCUUUGAGACGACUCAAUCUGUAGAUCUAAAUUCUAACAUCAGUGUCGUUGAGUGGUUAUUUGUGGAACUGCACGACAUAGGGAAUGAAGCACAACCGGGAAUAAAUAAAAUGGAAAUAAUAUGGUUUAAAACCGAAGCACAUAAUAUAGAAUCCAAACUUAAAAAAUGUGAGGGAUGAACUUUUUCGUGGAGUUUACAAAGCAUCUCAAACAUGUUCUCUAGAUUCCCAUCACCUGUGAAAAAGUUGAUGUGGACUAUGCAGUUUUAAUCACCCACGUUAUAUCGUUUUCUUGUUAAUUGAGAGCUCCGUCAUUGGAUUUGCUACUCGCAUCGAAGUUAUUUUUAUUUAUUUAUUAAAAUAUUGAUGGAUUCUGAAUUCCAGUAUAGCAUCAUUUUGUAAAUAUUUUUUUAACACAAAAAAAUGUAUCCAUUAACUAAUGUAUUUCUAUUUUGUCUGGAAGGAAGAACUAUGGCUAACAUUUUUGUUGAUAACAUUAUGUUAGCCUACUGCUUUUUAUAAUUGUACCCUUGCUGUGCUCAACGAUGAGGUGCUCUGAUAUGUGAAACAAAUGUAGGUGCAAAACAUGUUACUUCGAAACCAGUUUGUACAGCAUGUAGCCAAAUUGGCUGGUUUUGAAAUCUGCUGUUGCACAUAAUUUCAUGUCCUACUCUGUAAACAAAGUGUUUUAAUUUAAUAAAGCGGGUUUUAGUUGGA